AUGAUUUCUCUGAACCUCACUGUGCCGUUAGCGGUGGACUUCAAUAAAGCUGAAGAUUAUUUCAUUUUUAUAGUCAACCUGCUAGUUGCUACCAGUUCGGUUCUCGUGGCUGGCUCGGUUGUGUUGGGUAUUAUUUGUAAAAAGUCACUUCGAGAUCAAAACAGGUUUAUUUUCAUGCUGAACACCAGCAUAAGCGACACUCUGUCUGGGGUAGGCGGUUACUACAUCGGGCUGUUUGAUGUUCAGGAGGGUUUUCCUUCCAGAAACGGCACUUAUUACAUAGUGCCUUCGCUACUGGGAGUCAAUAUUCUGACAAUCUUGUCUGCACAGGUGGACCGAUUCCUUGCUGUAGUUUAUCCUUUUACUUACAGUCGUUAUAUAACCAGGACUGUCGUUAUAGGAGUUUGUGUUUUCUGCUGGUUUUACACCUAUUUCUCAUUAACGGUUCAGAACUUCGUUGCUGUAGAAGUUGCUGCAAACGUGAGCGCUUACGGUACCUUGUUGUUCCAGACAAUAAUAAUCGUGAAAGUGCUGAUGAACGUGAAACUGUACCUCAUCGCUAAAUACCAG